AAAAAGUCAACGUCCACAGAAAUUAAUAUUGACCAAAGUUUACAUUUAUUAUUAAUUUACUAUUUUCCGCUUAUAUAAUCAUACUCCUCCGACAAUUGGCUAUAAAUGGAGGCAAACCAAAAUCAAGCUUCAACUUGAUUUAAAGCAUUAAUCAUAAUCUUCAAACUCUGAUCGAUCAAAGUCACUUCAUUUUCUCCGCCUUCUUCUUCUUCUCUCUCCAAAAUCUGGGUAGAAUCUCAAGUAAUUAAAGGUGUGGAAAUGGCGGGACCUCGAAUUUCUAUGGAGGUCGGCAACGAUGGCGUUGCUGUUAUCACUAUGUCAAAUCCUCCUGUUAAUUCACUAGCGAUUUCAAUAAUUGCUGGAUUGAAAGAGAAAUAUGAUGAAGCGAUGCGGAGAAAUGACGUCAAAGCUAUCGUCCUCACCGGUGGAAAUGGGAGGUUUUCAGGUGGUUUUGACAUCAAUGUAUUUGAGAAAGUUCAUAAGACUGGUGAUUUAUCGAUAAUGCCAGAUGUAUCGGUUGAUCUUGUGGUCAACACAAUUGAAGAUGCACGAAAGCCGUCUGUUGCUGCUGUACAAGGACUUGCACUUGGGGGUGGCUUAGAAUUAGCAAUGGGAUGUCAUGCACGCAUUUCUGCACCAAAAGCGCUACUUGGUUUGCCUGAGCUCUCACUUGGAGUUAUUCCAGGUUUUGGAGGGACACAGCGUCUUCCGAGGCUUGCUGGUCUGAAAAAAGCUGUUGAGAUAAUGUUGUCAUCAAAACCAAUAAUGUCCGAGGAAGGAUUGAAGCUCGGCCUUAUUGAUGCUGUUGUGCCUCCUCAAGACUUGCUAAAAGUAUCGCGCAUGUGGGCUUUGGAUAUUGCUGAGGGCCGCAAACCUUUUGUGCGCUCCCUCCACAUGUCCGACAAGCUAGGUUCCCUAGCUGAAGCACAUGAUUUUUUGAUGCUAGCAAGACAAAAGGCGAAACAGACUGCUCGAAACAUGCCUCAGCACCAAGCCUGCCUUGAUGUUAUUGAGGAGGGUAUAGUAUAUGGGGGCUACACUGGGGUCCUAAAGGAGGCUAAAGCUUUUAAAGAGCUAGUUUUAACAGAUACCGCUAAAGGUCUAGUGCAUGUGUUUUUUUCUCAACGUAUGACAUCAAAGGUUCCAGGAGUUUCUGAUGUUGGAUUGAAACCAAGACAUAUAAAGAAAGUUGCUGUUAUUGGUGGGGGUUUAAUGGGUUCUGGCAUUGCAACUGCCCUACUCCUGGGAAAUAUUCAAGUUCUUCUGAAGGAAGUUAAUGCUGAAUUUCUUUCCAAAGGAUUAACAACUGUUCAAGGCAAUAUCAGAAGUUUAGUGGCGAGAGGGAAGUUGGUAAAUGGUAAGGCAGAGAAAGCACUAUCAUUACUCAAAGGUGUAUUGGACUACUCAGAAUUUAAAGAUGUCGAUAUGGUCAUUGAGGCUGUCGUGGAAAAGGUUUCGCUGAAACAAACAAUAUUCAGCGACCUUGAAAAAGCCUGUCCUCCACACUGUAUUUUAGCAACAAACACAUCAACUAUUGAUCUCAAUGUAGUUGGAGAAAGGACCAAUUCACAGGAACGCAUAGUUGGUGCACAUUUUUUCAGUCCUGCGCAUGUCAUGCCUCUCCUGGAGAUUGUGCGAACCAAUAAGACUUCGGCUCAAGUUAUUCUGGAUCUAAUCUCAGUUGGUAAAAUAAUACAAAAAGUGCCUGUAGUGGUCGGUAAUUGUACUGGAUUUGCUGUCAAUAGGGCUUUCUUUCCGUACGCCCAGAGUGCUCAUCUUUUGGCAAACUUGGGGGUCGAUGUCUUCAGAAUCGACAGAGUGAUUAGUGAUUUUGGCCUGCCAAUUGGCCCUUUCCAGCUUCAAGAUUUAGCUGGAUAUGGAGUUGCACUUGCAGUGGCAAAGGAAUUUGAUGCUGCCUUCUCUGAUCGUACAUUCAAGUCUCCAUUAGUUGAACUUCUUGUCAAAAAUGGGCGAAAUGGAAAAAACAACGGGAAAGGUUACUAUACAUAUGGAAAGGGGAGCAAGCCAAAACCUGACUUCUCUGUGCUACCAAUAAUUGAAGAAUCUAGGAAGCUGACCAAUAUUAUGCCAGGUGGAAAGCCUAUAUCUGUUUCCGACCAAGAGAUCUUGGGGAUGAUACUCUUUCCAGUGGUGAAUGAGGCAUGCCGUGUUCUAGAUGAGGGAGUUGUGGUUCGUGCAUCUGAUCUAGAUGUAGCUUCUGUUCUUGGGAUGAGUUUCCCUUCAUACCGCGGUGGUCUAGUCUUUUGGGCAGAUACUGUAGGGCCAAGCCAUAUAUAUAAUUGUCUGAACAAGUGGUCGAACCUGUAUGGCAAUUUCUUCAAACCAUCACGAUUUUUGGAGGAAAGAGUUGCUAAAGGCUUGUCACUGAGUGCACCUGCUUCAUCAUCAGAUUCGAGGUCUCGCUUGUAGAUUGUAAGCCACCAGGUUGACAAAGGAAUCAUUUGGCUCAGCGGCUUGCCUAAAUAUGGGCAUCACUUCGUCUGGCUCACCACAUACACUGAGAUUUGUCUUUGACUCUGCUUUCUAGUUUUAGCGGCUCAUCACACUAGUGAUUCAAUAAUCCCCCCCUCCUUUCAGUCUCCUUAUAUUAGUUUCCUCUCCCUACAGAGAUGAAACUGUUGUAUGUUGUAAUGAUUGAAUUUGGAAUAUGAUAUUUCUAGAAAAGAAAUGGAGUUACAUUCUCUUGCAGAACUGCGAGUUGUAAUUUAUGAAAUUCCUCUUGUUUUUCUCCUA